GAAGUAGGCAGGCAGUUGGCGAAUAAUCAACAGCGCGUGGCCAUCAUUUUCGUCGCUAUGAAUUUUCUUCCAUCAUGAAAUACAACCGCAACUUUCCAGGGGCUUCGACUUACCACCACCUGUUGUUCGACCAUGGUCUCAUCCGCGCUCCGACGGGCCGUAGGGGUGCUCCUACUCACAGCUGCGAUUCUCAAUGUGUCAGGGGUCUGGAUAAUCCCUUUCAGCCUUGACGGGGGCACUAGCUACAACUUUAGUAAUAGUAAUGAUGGCAGACAGCCAGAAUGCCUUGUGUGCGUUAAGGAGGGUCGGAAACAAACAUGCCAGGCAUCGGUUCUGCUACAAGGACCGGCCUCUGUCAUAGUGGAUUUCCACUGCUCCAAACUGCAAGACGUGAUCCACUUGGAAGUUCGUCGGAAUAUAGAAUGCACGAAACAAUCCUGCAAUGGAAAUAUCACCAUGGAGGAACCUAGUGGACUAUUGGGGUUCAACCGCACCUACGUUUGGACCCUGAUGGCGGCAGCACACAAAGCCUUUCUGAUAGACUUCACCGGGACCGGUCUGAGACAGAUCCAUCCGUCACAAGCGUGCCCAGACAAGAACACCUACACACUGCAGGCGGUGGGGAGAGUGGCCAUCGGGAGGUACUGCAAGGACGGCCCCAUCAGCCAAGCCCAAGUGCUGAACCAGGGAUCCUUCGCCGUGCACGUGCCCGCCGGGGAACCACUGCGAGCGGGACCCUUCCAUGUUUCAGUCGGGGAAGAGAUAAAAUCCCUCGCCAAAAUCAAAGUGGUCCUGCCGACGGGGACCUCGUCGUCACCGGUGGACCUGCUCUCCCCGAACUACCCACAGAGCUUCCCCGACGACGACCUGGUCCAGUGGGAGAUCCAGUUGCCCGGGAGGCACAGCGCCGCGGUCCAGGUGGUCAACCACACGGAGCCGGCCUGCCGGAAGAAGGGGACCGCCGGGGUGUACGGCGAAGGCGGGAGGGCCAUCCUCGGGCUGUCGGACCCCCGGCCGGUCCGGGAGAAGCACAACUUCACCAUGACCCUGAAGAACUGCGAGAUGGGCCGCACCCGCCGCAGCCCCCGCGGGCUGUCCCUCCACCUCAGAGUGACCGCGACGCCCACCGGCAAGCCAGUGUUGUGUUCUGUGAACCUGACGACUGGACAGGGUCUUUCCCUGAACCUUAAGAAGCUACGACCUGACUCUGAGUGUCUGAUGACCAUGAACUCCGUGGCCACGGGGACCAUCCUGGUUCCGUCAUACGGGGUUGCACAACUGUCUUUCCAGGACUGUUCUCCAGCCGACGUUUGGGUCACGGCCAACAGAGUCAUCGAGGCCCACUUCCGGAAGCCCUUCCCCCUAGAAGUCCCCUCCCUGCCCCCCUGUCUCCCGGCCCCCCUGAGGAGCGUCACCUGGUCCCUGGUUCACCCGGCCAGGGGCAGCACGGAGGUCCUCAGCCCCGGCGACGGACUCAAACGGUCGUUCCCCGGCCGGCCCUGCAACGGCAGUCUGACGCUCGCCGUCGCCGAGGACGGGGGCGGCACGCCCCUCGGAACCUUCUGCCCCGGGGGGCCCAUCCAGAGCGUCCAGUUCCGCUCCAACGUGUCCGUCACGGCCUCCGUCGACCAGGCGAGCCGGAGGGGGGUCCAGCCCUCCACGCGCCAGUCUCGGCUGGGGGCGCACUUCAAGGAGGAGAUCACAGAGGACUACAUAUUCACCCUGGCGCCGAAGGGAAGCGAGCCCACCCUCCUGGCCAGCCCCGGCUGGCCAGAGGGCAUGCAGUCGUACUCCAGCAUCUCCUGGAUCGUCAGGGUGCCCGCCAAGCAGGAGGCCCACCUGGUGUUCGUCAACCUCAGCCAGCCCAAGUGCAGCAACCGCCACACCAGCAUCCGCAUCCGCCUGCUGGACUCGGCCGAGGAGAUGUAUAGCCGGCGGGAGGACGAGGAGGCGGAGGAACAGGUGGACGUCCCCGGCUCCUUCUACCUGAACAUAUCCAACUGCAUGAUGGAGAGCGGAAAGUUCAGCAUGCUCACCGAGAUGACGCUGGGCAAGAGCAGGAACUUCCUGCUGACCGUCAUCGCGAGCGUGGUGUCAGUCCUGCUGGUGAUCGCUGCUGUUGUGUUGGCCGUGGUCUGUGUGGUCAUCAGGAAGAAGAAGAAGGAGCUAAGUCGCAAUCAAGUGUCCGUCUACAACCCCGCCGGGGCCAUCUUCCGUCCCGGGGUGAGUAACCUGCCCGGUGAGGACGAGUACCACGUCUACGCCUCCAUUGAGGACACCAUGGUUUACACACACCUGCUGAAGAAGGAGAUCAGCAUGGAAGGGGACGCAGACGUGGCGACGUACCGACCGUUCACCGGGCCGACAGAGCCCCAGAGACCACCGUCCGCUAUCAACCCAGCGGUGGACACCUAUCGACCGUUCAUGGGGACGCCUCAUAUAGGCCCGCCGGUGCCACGAGCCAACCGAGCCAGUCGAGACCUGUCCGCGGCGCAGGACGACAUGCACGCCCCCGACGGCCAGAGUGACCUCGGGGCCCCCGAAGAGCCCGCCUCUGAACGGCCAGCGCUGGGGAAUCGGAUGGAGCCAGAGGGGCAGUGACUGAAGAGGGAGACCGGUCACCUUGUUUUUUCCGUUAUGUGGAGGACACAUUCCCUGGAGUGGAUGUGAGAACCCACGCUAACGCAGCGCCUUAUGAAGAGGCCGUCCACCUCUUUUCGUCGCUUUAGUCCCACCGAAGCCACAGAGGAUGGGAAUAGGAUGAACUUGGUCCAAGCCCUCUUGGACCAAUUCAUACCUGGGAGGAAUGCCUCGGUGCGAAGAUGCUCACUGUGAUAGUGAUAUGGUCAACGGACCUGAGACAUGGAGAGCUAACACACUCGUGUGUUUGGCAGAAUUUGGAAUAUUUGCGUUUUCGACUAUUUAUAUUUGUGUUAUGUGGUACUCUAUGUGAGUAUAUUUCGUGUCAAACUGGAUGAGGGAUGUUACAACACUCAAUAUGUAUAUAUUGUGUUCUGUGUCUCUGUUUUGCCUGAGUAAUGAAAUGCGGAUUUCAUAAUGACAAAUUAAUAAUAAAUCAAUCUUUGUAUGAUUUCUUUCAACUAACCAAUUUGUGAUCAUCUUUUUAAUUAUUGUCAUAUUCAUUCAUCACCAUGAUUGGCCCCUUUUUGGUCCCAGCCAGGCCAUUAAUAAAUAGGUGAGCAUCCUGUGAGAAUCAGUCAAAAUGUCCAACGAUAACUUUACAGCCAGGGACAGAGAGAGAACGCUGUAUGCCUUUGGUUUUCCAUAGUGUGGAAAGGUCCAUUUUCGCGCAUGAGAACUUCAGUAUUUGCAUAAUCCCACCCUGCUGUCAUGGUUAUUUUUCUCCUAAUGCAAAUAUCGGAUAACUGACAUUGUGGGAUUUGUAUUCAAUGUAGAAUUUGUGCCAAACAAUUAAUCACUGACUCAAAUCACCUUGUGGAUGUAUAAAGUGUACUCAGGUUGCAGGCACCAAUCAGAUGAUAAGAAACAUCCACGCAGGUCAGAGACACACGUAAGAGCUUCUUUUGUUUACUCAACUCACCGCAGUGGAAGACCGGAGAAGAACAGCAACUAAUCCUUUAAGUGCUUUGCAUACAGUCACUGAGCUCCUAUGACUGUUUGUGAUCAAACCUUGCAGCCCCCAAUUUCCUAUAAAGAACCUCUUCGGACAACCAAAUUUUGCAACGGCAAGGGCAGAAUUAUCGUUCCGUUUUUUGGCUUAUAAAAGAUAAAUGUAGUGUGCAAUCAAUGUUUCUUUAAAAUGUAUAACGCAAAUGUAUGAUACAUAUAAAUGGAGUCAACUGUAAUGCUGAUGUGUUUAUUAGUAGGCUAUAUGACACAGUAUCGCGGGACUUAAGACUACAGUUGUGAGGCAACAGGACAAUGUUUUUAGCUUUCUCAGUCCUGCAUUCCUGACAAGCUACGUCAUUUAAUUAGGUUUUAGAAAUGAGUACAGGUGCAGGUUACAACUUCCUAUGAAUAUCGGUUCACACUUAAACAUGCUUCAUGUUUUUCAAAAGGACAACAGGGGCAGUCCUCGUUAAACAAUAUUAAACUCACACACGGAGACUUUUUCAGCACGGCAGUUUUCGUCAAACCAUUUCCCGUUGGCCGAGGUGGACAUGAUGGCACAGUUCUGGCCCCGCCCACCGUCCGGCUGCAGCGUGAUGACCGUCUCCCAAUUCUUGAAGCGCACACCCUGCCCUGAUUGGUCCACCCACUGGCCCUCGGUGAUCAUAUCAUUGAUCCCUAACCAGACGUGCUCCUCUUGGCCGAUGCUCCGGAGCACGUACUCAUAGAGCCGGUCGUUUUCAUCCCCGGUCACAGGGGUGCCCAGGCUGCCCCCCUUGGCGACGCAGUCUUCACUGGCUGCAUGGUAGUUCUUCUUCACAGGAUCCGCCAGGAAACACUUGCCCAGGACCUUUGUGCCUCGCAAGCAAACUUUUGCGGGAGUGGUAGUAGUAGAACAAGUUAGAAGUCAGUUCUAGUAUGUUACAACCCAAAGUGUCUUUCAUACACUAUAUAGUUAUAUAACCCCUGGUCAAUUUUUCAAUAAUAAUAACUUAAAUCUAAAACAUUGUUUGUAUAGGAGUG